AUGGCAAAUAGUCUCAACUUGGAAUUUUUCAAAUUAGCCAAAUAUUCAAAAGAUGAGGAUGAUUUCGAAAAAUACCGCAACACACUGGAGCACAUUCAGAUUCCCGCCUUGUUACGUCACUGGGGUACUAGUUCAUUCUCGAAAGCCAAAAUUAUACGAGAUAUCAAGCAUCUACAAGCAUUUUUCUUAGAUUUAUCGACCUCAAAUGUGGAGCAGUUCUUCCAAAUGUUGGGCAACCAGGCGGUGGAUAUUCAAUAUGCAGACUACUUUAUCUUCAACAAUGGCCCAUUACAACCGUUGAUUUAUGCUCUUCGCCGUGUGAAAGGAAAACUCAUGCUUGUUCGUUACAAAAUUCCCGGCAUGAGUCGCACAAUGGGUCAACACUCGUUAAUGAUGUGUUUCGUGGGUCUAACUUAUCAGAAGAAAAUAUUUUCACUUCAGCUACAAAAUGAUGAAUUUUUCGAUCGACGUGAUCCGCCUGAAAAGCAUCAGUCUUCAAGCAUGUCAGAUGAUAAACUUCAUCGGCAACUGAGUAAAAGCGUCGUGGAUCGAUAUGCGGAAGCACUGCACUCAGUCGGAUCUCAGCUUCAAGUUCCCGAACAGGUCACUUGCAAAUCGGUCGAGUCGACUCUGCUGCGCACGGCCGAUGGCAUUCUGGUCAGUCACAAAAACGGUCCGUACAACGACUACAAGCAUGGACAAGUUUUGUUCGGUGAAAUGAAUCGCAUUUUACAAUCGUCUGUGGGAUACGUGGAAGAUCAACAAUCUCGCAAGGUGUUGGAUUACGGAGUGGAAUUAAUUCGUGUUGACGGAGAGCUUGCGCGCAAGUAUGCGGACUGGUCGAUGAAAAACGGGUUUGUUUUCACCUAUCCGAAUGAGUCCGAGAUCUCUCAUCCUCGUUUGCAUUUGGAGAACAAAACAUUUAUUGUGACCACAAUAGAAGAUCCACCAUUUGUCGUCUAUGAGCCAUUCAGACAGGGCAAGCCGAUGCAUGGAAACGAUCAGUGGACUGGAUUUGCAAUGGAGCUACUCAAACACUUGAGCAAAAUGAAUCACUUCGACUAUAUCAUCAAACCGGUGGAAGAUAAAAAAUUCGGAACAUUCGACGAAACCAAGGGCAGAUGGGACGGAAUGAUCGGCGAGUUAAUUUAUAAAAAAGCGCAUUUGGCUGUGGCCUCCCUGACAAUCACAUACGAUAGAGAGCGCGUGAUCGAUUUCACCACACCGUUCAUGAGCCUGUCGCUCAGUGUAAUCAUUCGCAAGAGUAACACCGAUCCGGGUCUUCAGUUUACCGCUCCACUUUCACGAGAGGUAAUUUGGCGUCAUAGCGCCUUCGCCAAUCGGUUUUUUCCUGCUCCCUGCUUCUUCUCUUGCCCUUCCUUCGCCCUGUUAUCUCGUUUGGGUUCAGGAUGUGAUAUCUCUUUGAGGGCCACAUCGACUCGAAUCAUCGGAACGAUUUGGUGGUUUUUCAUCCUAAUCAUGGUCUCCUCGUACACCGCCAACUUGGCUGCAUUUCUCACAAUCGAUCGUAUGGAAACAGAUAUUGAGAAUGUGGAAGAUCUGACACGACAGACAAAAAUCAAAUACGGAACUUUGUAUGGAGGAUCAACGUAUUCAUUUUUCAAGCAUUCAGACAUUCCAACCUAUCAACGUAUGUGGGAGUUUAUGAACGCGAACAAAUCCAUGUUUGUGAAUAAAACCGAAGACGGAAUUGCUCGUGCCUUGGAGGGGAAUUACGCGUUCAUCUUGGAAUCCACACUGAACGAGUACUACUCACAACGUAACUGUUUGCUGACUCCCCUUGGCGGUUUGCUGGAUCCGCGUGGUUAUGGGAUCGGGUUGCCCAUUGGAAACAACGGGCUACGGGAUCUCUUGUCGGAAAGUAUACUCAAAUUGCAAAAAGACCAAACGCUGGAAAAAAUGCGUCAGUAUUGGUUGCAACGAUAUAAUGCGACCGUGCCGUGCUAUNNNAAGCAAGCUGACCUUGACCAAAAUGUCCAGUGCAUUCAUCGGUUUGGGAGCUGGUCUCCUAUUCGGCGUAUUGGUCUGGAUAUUGGAAAUGAGUAUGUGGGUAUAUCGACUGCGUACCAAACCACCGCUGUAAAAUUGGGAACGAGACGCGUGUGCUUUUCAGACCGCGUCACCAAUGCUUUCGCUCAGUCACGUAACGGACUCAACCGGAUUAGACCACUUAACGUAAACAACGCGUUGGUCCAACAAAAUCAGAAAGAAUUCCAGCCGACACUUUAUAUAAACAAUGCAAACCCAUAUGAGGUCACUACGCAAGAUUCAAGUCAACUGGAAUCAACGACGCCAUUCAGUCGGGUCAACAUGAUUUCGAACAAAGGGAAACGAUAUCAGCUGACUUUUCGGGCAAAGGACCCGGAAUUUUAUUUUCCCUAUGUACAUCGACGCAAAUCACCCGACAGUCCGAUUCACAAGGGGAGCCAAGCUUGUUCAACAGAUUAUUUUGUGGAAGUUAGAGAUUUGCGAUCACAGAAAUUUGUCAUGCGCAUGAAACGUUAUCGAAUCGCCUCAUGCUCGCAGGUUGGUGACGGAGAGAACAGUGAGCAAACCUGUUCGCUUGGCAAACCGACAAGAGGAAGACGUAAAAAGCCAGUCAACAAAGAUAAAACUCCACCGAAUGAAAUCUACGUGGAAAAAGACGGAAUGAUGUUUCUCAUUACAGCGGAUUCUAUGGAAGUAGACAUCGGUCAGACAAUGCACGACAAUAACGCCUCAAGCGGAGAAAAUCUUUCGGGAACACCGACCGACGUAAAACGGGGUGCUUACAAUGCAGAACCUAAUCGGGCCUCGUUGGUGGUUCGCGUACAAAAAGACUUGAUGCGUGUGCGUUUCCUCCUGGACGAGCUGGAAGUCAAACCGGUCUCGGUCUAUGUGUCCCGUGGAGCUCAAUGUUCCGAACGUUACGCGUAUGUGAAAUUUUGUCCAGUUAGUUUGAAUAAAGUAGCCUUCUGUGCUGUACCGUUGAGCACCUACCGAUACCGCGAUCCGAUGGUGGCUGUGCGAAGAAAAAACUAUUAUCGUCGUAAACAAGGCCAGGAUCCAGUAUGGUUGAUUGAAGCACGUCGAAAACGGCGACAACAGGCGGCUGCGGCCCUGAGCCCCGUGCAAGAAGGACAGGAUAAUACAAGAUCCGUAAUCGUGUUUGAAUUAAACGGACAUCGGGUAAAACUACGCUGUGGUUAUAUGGAUUCUGUCCUAUUGAACGGAUCGGAUAUAUAUGACGACUUUGUAAUUGCAAAUAAGAAUGAUCCACGCUUUAUAAUGCGAUUUUCGGACGAUAUUUGGCUCACCUGGUUUGAAAGCGGUUUUCUGAUCAUUCCCUCUGAUGCUCUCUGUUGUCGACCAGGAAAAUGUAUCCUCUCUUCAGUGGACAACAGUCACAUCUAA